AACCAUAUGACGAUUGGGCGUGGCCGACUGGCCGUGUUGGCUAAAAAUAUAAACUAAUAGUUGUGUUCUUUUCUUUUUGACACUUUUUUAACGGUUAAAUCAAAAACGUAAAAUGGGACAAAAAAGAAUCGCUUUUACAUUUAUAGUUUCAUUAUUGAUUUUAUGUACAAUUGGUCAAUUAGUACCAGAAUUUUCUUACAGAAAUAUGAAUAAUGACGAAAGAAACAAAUUUAAUAUGCAAGAUAAUGACGAAGUAACAAUUUCUACAGGACCUUCUACUAUAGAUGAUUUAAUACCCCAAGAAAGGGAUCUAACAAUUUUUGUAGACGUAUUGAGAAAGUUUGCAGAUACUUCUGAUUUGAUUGCAAAUCUGACUGUGUCGCUCACUAUAUUUGCACCUACAAAUUCUGCUUUUCGUAAAUUAACUCGUAAACCAGGUCAAGUUAAAGAUAAAUCAGAAGAUCCAACAGAAAAAUUACAUCAAUUUGCUUUGGCACAUAUUGUACCUAAAGCUUAUUCAACACUCCCAGAUGGUGAAGAAAUAGAUACUUUAAACAGCAAAACGAAAAUUAAAGUUGAGAAGAAUAGGGAUGGCACUUUUAAAUUAAAUGGAAAAGUAAAUACUAUUUCAAAUUUAAUAGCAGCAAAUGGAAUCAUUUAUAAGAUUGACAACGUUUUAGUGGAGGAAUAAUUCAUUAUAUUCUUUUCAAUUAUAUUUUAGUGGCCAAAAACAUAGUAAUAUUGGGAUAAUAUUUAAUUUUUUUUGUGGGCGAGAAAUUACACAUUUUUAAUAAUAAACUUUUCUAUUAAAAAAUUUAUUCAAUAACCUUCUUAAAUAUUUUUGUAUUUUCAUACUUUAUUAUAUACAUACAUUAUCAUUACAUUAUUGAAGCCUCAUAAAUAAAUUUAUG